AUGAUAAGUUCCAAGAAGCUCAUCAAGUUGGCUAAAAGAUGGCAGAAAUUUGUUGCCAUUAGAAGGAAGAGGAUUUCGUUUCCUGGUAACAACAAUGAUGCAGAAAGUUGCAGUGCGUCAUCUGCGAUUAGCAAAGGUCACUUUGCAAUCUACUCGGCUGAUCGAAAGCGGUUUCUUGUUCCCCUUGUUUUUCUUGACAAUGAAAUCAUCAGACAACUUCUAGUGAUGUCUGAAGAAGAAUUUGGCCUGCCAAGUGAUGGUCCUAUUACAUUGCCAUGUGAUGCAGUCUUCAUGGUCAGCUGUGUAGAUAACAAUUCAAAAUGCCCUUUCCUAAGUUAG